GCCCGGAGCAGUCCUGGCUCGCGGGCGCUGCUCCGCUGCCGGCCACGUCUCCACGCCGGGCCGCGGGCACUUCCCCGCCGUCCGACGGCCGCCCGGCCGCCGCAGGCCUGCCGCGCCGGAUGCGUCUGCUAGCAGAGCGGGGCAUCUGCCCAUGUCGCCCAUGUGCCCCAGAGCAUGCCAUGGCCUGGGGCUGUGCCUCCUCGCUGCUCUCGCGCCCCGCACAGCCAGACCUCGGCCGGCGAGCGCACGGUGCCAAGCCCGCAGCUCUCCACGGAGGAAGAUGGCCCAGCCCGGGAGCACGCCCUGAGCGGCUGCCUCUAAUCCUUCAGCCCGGCGGCAGGGAAUUGUUAGCAGCCUGAGGAGUGGCCAGCUGGGAGCCUCAGGGACCGCCCAGCCUUGCUCCUGGCUCACCCACAAGAUGUGGACAGCCCUUGUGCUCGUUUGGAUUUCCUGCUUGUCCUUAUCUGAAAGCAAAGCGCCAUCCCAGGAUCUACGGCACCUAGUCUCUAGCCAGACAGCUAAUUCAGCCAAGAAUGCCUCGGUGACGGCGGCUGUGAGAGUCCUUAAUGACACGUCUGGAACGAUGACCGUGCUGACGCCUCCUGUCACACUGACCACAGGGACUCUGGGGGCCGACCCCAGCUCUCCUGCAGUCACAGCAGGGAGCACAUUCAGGACAGACACAGCUGGCCCGGCAGCCUCCGGGGGACCCUCACCAGCUUCGGCGGCGUCGACACGGCAGACCCCGUCCUCCGCGACCGCUCCCGGCGCAGCCCCCACGCCGGCCCCGAGUGUCGGCCCGCUGCCAAGAACGACGGCGCCCGUGACGUCGGCCACCGUUGCUCGGACCGCAGCUGGCACCACAGCAAGUGCCAGCGCCCCGACAGGCACGCGCGGCCCCCCCGUAGCCAGCCCCACGCCCCCCACGAGUCCCCAAGCGCUUGACGUGUCCACACGAGGCCCCACCGUCCGGACGUCGACGGCCCGGCCCGGGGCUGGCACGACAAGUGGGCCCACGCCCACCCUCGCCGACACAACCCCAGAGCCCACCCACCCAUCCACGGCUCCCGUGGCUCCCGUGUCCACCACCGCAGCGACCGCCACCGAGGCCCAGGCCCGGGAGCCGGCUGCCGGCACGCUGCCGGCACCGGCCCCUGACUCCGCCCCCACCCCCAAGGUGGAGGCCACGGCCCCCACGACACGGCCAGGCCCCGCGCCGUCUACCCGGGGAGCUGCGGGCCCAGACACGCCCCGGACGCCGGAGCAGGUGCGGCCCGAAACCCCGCCUGGUACCGCGUCCGCCUCCCCGACACCCGGGAGCUCGGGGGGCUCCCAGGUGCCAGCCUCGGCCCCGUGCCCGCUUAGCACGCAGGGCCCGUACCUGGUGGUCACCCCCCGGCCCCUUCCCCAGGCUCUGGUGAACAAAAGUUUCCUGCUGGCGGUGCUCUUGCUCGGGGUGACCCUCUUCAUCGUAGUCCUGGUUCUGCUGGGCCUGCAAGCCUACGAGAGCUACAGGAAGAAGGAGUACACGCAGGUGGACUAUCUAAUCAACGGGAUGUACGCGGACUCCGAGAUGUGAGGGGCCCGGGAGGCGGAGCCCGCCCCUCCUUCCGUCUUGCCUCGAGACCAAAUCAAGUGCUUCCAGAUUCUUUUGGUGCAAUUAGGACGAGUGCCGGACGCUUAAGCAUAUCUACUUGCCGUCGGAGGGACUCCACGAGCCCUCGAGAGUUGCUCUGUUCAUAUUUAUUUUUGUAAACAAUCAUGUCAACGGAGCGGGCAGUGGCCCCGCCACGGGCAGGCCUGGCAGGGCCCCGGUGGGGAUCCUGACCAGAAUUAAAGCAACGACUGCUUUCCGUUCAGA